AUGCACAGCACAAAGGAUGUGGCUGUGACCAGCGUACCACUCCUCUCUGCCCUGGGGCGCCAGGUGGGCGAGCACAGGGCCUCCUCCCUGGUGUCCAGUUCAGAGGGUGCCUUUUGCAGACAGUGGCCACUUGGUGAGCGCUACGGGAGUACACCCAAGUUUUUGAGAGUUGAUCAAGAUAAAGACAGAGAUUGCAGCUUGGACUGUUCGGGCUCUCCUCAGAAACCUCUCUGUGCAUCUGAUGGGAGGACCUUCUUGUCCCGCUGCGAAUUCCAGCGGGCCAAGUGCAAAGACCCUCGCUUGGAAAUCGCUUACCGAGGAAACUGCAAAGAUGUGUCCAGGUGUGUCGCCGAGAGGAAGUACACCCAGGAGCAGGCUCGGAAGGAGCUGCAGCAGGUGUUCAUCCCGGAGUGCAACGAGGAUGGGACCUAUAGCCAGGUGCAGUGUCACAGCUACACGGGGUACUGCUGGUGCGUCACGCCCAACGGAAGGCCGGUGAGCGGCACUGCUGUGGCCCACAAGACGCCCCGCUGCCCGGGUUCCAUAAAUGAAAAGUUACCCCAAAGGGAAGGCACAGGAAAAACAGAUGAUGCCGUGGCCCCGGCGCUGGAGACUCAGCCUCAGGGAGAUGAAGAAGACAUUGCCUCACGCUAUCCCACCCUUUGGACAGAGCAAGUUAAGAGUCGGCAGAACAAGACCAAUAAAAAUUCAGCAUCCUCCUGUGACCAGGAGCACCAGUCUGCGCUCGAGGAGGCCAAGCAGCCCAAGAACGACAACGUGGUGAUCCCCGAGUGCGCGCACGGCGGCCUCUACAAGCCGGUGCAGUGCCACCCAUCCACAGGGUACUGCUGGUGUGUGCUGGUAGACACGGGACGCCCCAUUCCUGGCACGUCCACCAGGUACGAACAGCCAAAGUGUGACAACACAGCAAGGGCACACCCCACCAAAGCGCGGGACCUGUACAGGGGCCGGCAGCUGCAGGGUUGUCCUGGCGCCAAAAAGCAUGAGUUUCUGACAAGUGUGUUGGAUGCGCUGUCCACGGACAUGGUUCACGCCGUCUCUGACCCUUCCUCGGCAUCUGGCAGGCUUUCGGAACCGGACCCCAGCCACACCCUGGAGGAGAGGGUGGUGCACUGGUACUUCAGAUUGCUUGACAAAAACAGCAGUGGAGACAUCGGCAAGAAGGAAAUCAAACCCUUCAAGAGAUUUCUCCGGAAGAAAUCCAAGCCCAAAAAAUGUGUGAAGAAAUUUGUGGAGUACUGCGAUGCCAACAGUGAUCACUCCCUGUCUGUGCGUGAGCUGAUGGGCUGCCUGGGGGUGGCGCAGGAGGAGGGCGCGGCGAGCACCAGGAAGCGCCACACUCCCAGAGGCAAUGCCGAAGGCACUGCUAAUAGACAGCCCAGGAAGCAAGGAUGAACCGCUCACAUACCCAAGGCAGUUCCUAGACAUGUGGGAAUCUCCCUCACCAAAGAGCAAUUAAAAACCAAAACCAAAAACAUAUAGUAUUUGCACUUUGUACUUUAAAUGUAAAUUCACUUUGUAGAGAUGAGAUAUUUAAACAGACUGUUUUAAUCUGUGAAAAUGGAAGGCUGGCUUCAGAAAAUUAAUCACAUACAAUGUAUGUGCCCUCUCUCGACCUUUGAAAGCUGUGCUGGUGGAGACGCCUUUGAGUGCCUUUGAGCUGCCCUUCCGCCCGACAUCGCGGCCGCAGACACCGUCUCCUUCGGGAGGGAGCGGCUCCGCCCUCGGCCCCGACCCCGCGUUGUCUGUCCGCCCGCCCAGCUGCCGUGACUCCUGUAAUGUCCAUCUGUACCGUGCUGCGCUCACUGUGCACAGGUUGGCCUGUUUCUUGGGAUUUUGUGUUUGCUUUGUUUGGCUUCUCAGAGAUCUCUCUCACACCAAGAAUCAUGCGACCACUAACUCCCAGCAUUUUCGGGCAGGCAGUGCCCCGGUUGGAAAGAGCAUUUCAUCUACUUUGUGUGUCCACUUCAAGCUUCUUAAGUCUGGCCUUGGGCUCCAUUAAUCAUGCCAUUAGAUUUCCAGAGUGGCUCCCGCAGGGGGCCCGCACCCUAAGGGACUCCAACUGCGGACAGUGAGUCUGAGUACCCCGCUGCCCGAGAGGCCAGGGCUGGUUUAGUCUGGUGGGCUCACCACCUGGCCACUGCCUCUCUCUCCACAUGGCUGUCCCACCCCGCUGUGGCCUACACCAACCCACUGAAAGGGAAAACUGUCCCCCGAAUAAAUUGGCGUCUCCCUAGAGAAAGCAGCAGCUGCCCAGACUGUGCUGGGGGUGUGACUUGGCACAAGGAGGACCGCUCCGCUUCCUGUAGCUCCAGACUUCAGGGACAAGAGGACUUUGCCUGCGGUGGGGUUCGUCUGAAGGGGCCUGUGAGAGGAGUGUUGGGGGCCGGAUGCUCUCACUGAGCGGCAGGACUGAGGUUCGCAUGCGCUCGUCGGCCCUGUAGAGCACUGGGAGGAUGGACCAGAACUCGGCGCUAGAGCGGAGUGACUAUCAGCGUAAACUUUUGCUUGGAAAAAUCUUCGUGGCCUCCAGUCUCCCAACAGUGUCACGUGUGUGAUGUCUGUGGAUUUUUGUGAAGAUAUUUCUUGAGGCUUUGUGCUUAUUCAGACUGUGCAAAGGUAAAAACCAAGACUUUGGAGCCCUAAGCCAGCUACAUGUCAAUGCUGUCCAAGAAAUAGUUACAAUCUUAAAUGUUUUGGAUAGUCUUUUAUAUUUCUAAACUUUGAAUUUAAUCAUUUUUCUUAGAUUAAAAUAAAGUAUGCUAUCAAAACUGUA